UGCAAUCACAGGAGGAGGAAGUUUGAAAGUUUAUAUUGUGUUUCAGGUCCCAUGGAGAUGUCUGCCGUCUGGGGACACGGCACUGCCACCAUGAAUAGGCUCUGGGGGGUCAUCGGUGGGCUCUUCUGCAUCGCAUGUUUGGUUGGAAGUCAGCUGACCACAACCGGCAUUAUCACAAUGGCCACCGCUGAUGUCAACUGCAGCUCCGUCAAUACCACUGAAUGCACGGUGUGCUCACCUGGUACCUACCCUAAUAAUGAUACAGGAUUCUGUCUGUGCUGUUCCAGUGGCACCUGUACAAACUCCUCAUAUUGCUUACCUUGCCUGUCUGGAUAUUACCAGCCACAAAAGGGUCAAGCUGAAUGCCUGCCAUGCCCAAGGGGUUUUUAUACCAACACUUUGGAAAGUGUGAUUUGUCAGUCUUGUCAACCAGGAUCUUUUUCCAAUGCGAGCGGGUCCACGUUGUGUACACCAUGUGAAAAAGGCUUCUUUUCUUCAGUUGAGAAUGCCACGCAAUGCCAGCCAUGUGCACCGGGGUCAUUUUGCAAUACGACCCACUGCAACGGCUGUGCCCUGUGCCCUGCUGGAGAGGAGGCUCUGAAUGGCGGCUCUGCAGACUGCACUCCAUGUCGUCCUGGUAAAAUACAUAUACAUAUUCCCAUGAUGUUGAAGGAUAAACUCCAGCUGGCUGAUGAUGGGAAGAUGGGGCCUCAGCUGGCUGAUGAUGGGAAGAGGGGGCCUCAGCUGGCUGAUGAUGGGAAGAGGGGGCCUCAGUGGGCUGAUGAUGGGAAGAGGGGGCCUCAGUGGGCUGAUGACGGGAAGAGGGGGGCCUCAGCGGGCUGA